GUUGAUGCAGUGUGGACUUUAAGACUCCGUCCCUCCCGACGACUUUGUCCGUGAACAUUUUGUACACGUCGCACCAAAAUGUAAACAGUGCUAGCCUCCAGGUUAAAGUGCCCUUGUGCUCCUCACAGCUUCUUGUUUCGUUUUGUAUUGUUCAGAAAAACGAAAUACUGUCCAAAGCAGAUUUUUUUUUCUGACUACGGUUGCAAGCAAGAAUUCAAGGGCACAGCACCAGAGUUUGAUGGAGAGGAAUGGCCCGCAUCUCAUUGGACUGCACAGACUCCCUACCAGGGAUUCCCCUCAGUGUGCUGUCGGUGCCCAUGGAAAAUAAAUACAAAUGUCAGCAAUGUCUCCAGGUCCUCAGGAAGCCUGUACAGGCACAGUGUGGCCACCGCUUCUGUGUCCACUGCUUCAAACAGCUCACCAGUUCCGGCCCAAAGCCUUGUGAGGCCUGCCACCAGGAGGAUAUUUUUGAAGAAUCUAUAUCCAUUCUAAAUAGCAAUGAGGCCUUUCCGGACAAUGCUGCAGGAAGAGAAAUAGCCAGUCUGCCUGCCAGGUGUCUUAACCAGGGGUGCAGUUGGACAGGCUCCAUCAAAGAGUAUGAGGCUCAACAUGAAGGUCGCUGUGAAUUUGAACGAGUACAAUGCGACGCCUGCAAAAACUUCAUCCUUCGUACAGAGAAGGACAGGCAUGCCGAGAGAGAGUGUGAGGCCAGAACAUUAAACUGCAAAUACUGCAAGGCCACCUUCAACUUCAAAGACAUCAAGGCCCAUGAUGAGAUCUGCCAAAAGUUUCCCUUGCAAUGCAAGGACUGUGGCAAGAAGAAGAUCCCAAGAGAAAAGUUCAACGACCACAUCAAGUCCUGUGUCAAGUCAAAGAGUGCAUGUCCUUUCAGUGAAGUGGGCUGUAAAGCUGUGAUCGAGAACGGAAAGCAAAAUGACCACGAGCAGAGCAGUACUAUGGAGCACCUGCGCCUGCUCCUACCCAUGGUGCUGUCGGUGGCUCGGAUGCGUACAGAGACCACAGGCCCCGGGGAGUGGCAGGAGGACUCUGGUCUGGGUCUCUACAGGGCUCCUGAGGAGGGAGUCACCAUGGGAGCUGGAGCUGCAGCCUCUUCGCAAUCCCUGGACUUAGAGAAGAAGGUGAACGCACUGGAGAACAUUGUGUGUGUCCUGAACCGGGAGGUGGAACGGAGUUCGGUCACACUGGAGGCUUUCUCACACCAACAUCGUUUGGACCAAGACAAGAUCGAGAACCUCAGCAAUAAGGUGCGGCAACUAGAGAGGACCCUUACUAUGAGAGACUUGCAGCUGGCAGAGACUGAGCAGCAACUGCGAGAGCUCCAGUUCUGCACCUACGAUGGCAUAUUUGUGUGGAAAAUCUCUGACUUUUCACGCCGAAGACAAGAUGCUGUGGCUGGACGAACACCUGCCAUGUUCUCGCCAGCUUUCUACUCCAGCAAGUACGGCUACAAGAUGUGUCUGAGACUGUACUUGAAUGGAGACGGGACAGGUCGAGGAACACACCUUUCACUCUUCUUUGUGGUGAUGAGGGGAAAGUGUGACGCUCUGCUCAAGUGGCCAUUCAGUCAGAAGGUGACUUUGAUGCUCUUAGAUCAGAACAACAGGGAGCACAUCAUCGAUGCCUUCCGCCCCGAUGUCAGCUCCACCUCCUUUCAGCGGCCGAUCAGUGAGAUGAACAUUGCCAGCGGCUGCCCACUCUUCUGUCCGCUGGCUAAACUGGCUGGCAAGAGCUCUUAUCUGAGAGAUGACACCAUUUUCAUUAAGGCCAUCGUAGACCUUACAGGCUUAUAGUGUGUUGACUGUGGAAGCCACUACACAUACCAAAAAUUUAAAACAAUGAUAAUAUAAGUUAUGUCUUAAACAACUAUUAUAUUAUAUGUACACUAAAUGCAGAGAAUCUCCUUAAGAUGUUUUUGAAAAAACAGAAAGUGUCACAGUUAUGGGAGAUGCAGAGGGGAUGGACAAAUCACAAACACCAAAUGAAAAUCGACUUUAUAGUUUACAGUUACAAUGGCAGCUACAAAGGCAGGUCAUUAAGUUGAAUGCCAGUUGGAAGUUAACAAGGUCUGACAGUCACAAGCACUUUUAUAUGUGAGUUAGCAAAGCAAUAUGAGCCCAAAUAGUUGGUGCCAGGAUUGCAGAUGUAUCAUUCACAAAAACACUGACAAACCGCAUAAGCAAAGAGGGACAAGUCAAAGCUCACAGAUGGAAAAAAAUGGACACUUGACAGGAUAUUUAAGCAACAAAAAUACACUGAAGAAUCAAUUAAUAUGCUAAUAGCAGAGAUAAAGGCACAAAGAGGCAGAAAACCUGGACCCCUGAGCAGUGGAAAAGCGAAUGCACUCAGAUCAACUUGGAUUUGCAGAAAGCUGAUAAUGUCUGUUGCCGGCUGUUAAACCAGGUGGUGGAUCUGUGACUUUAUGGCGAGCAUAAAGUGUUGUGGGAGUCUCUUGGUCUGAUGUUCGCUCUGCAUGGUCAUACAACAGGCAGGAAAUAUGAGGCAGUCUUACAGGACGAGGGGCACCCUGUGGUGAAAACACUGGUGUUCCACUACACAGCUUAGGCCUUGUAUGUCAACAGUCCAAGGAGGGCUGACGUUAUGCAGAGGGCAAAGUGACACCCUCAUCCUUGUUAGGUACUUCAUAUUUGUGUUUCUUGGUAUUUCUGGGUGUUUCAGUGAUUUUGUUCAUCCCCUGAAUAUUUAAGCUUUGUGGUGCCUGAGUCCCAAGAUGCUGUCAAAACACAGCUUAGAGAGUGUAGAUAAAGUAUGUCAAGAUAAACUCAAGCAAGGCUAAAGGGGCCAUUACAAGAGCAUCUCUUGGGCUUUCUAACCAUGAUGCAAUAAUGCAGUAAAAAUCAAAUAUGACUUCCGUAAUUGGUGAGGAAUGUGAUAUUCGCUGAACCUGAUGUGACACUUACCCUGUGACUUUCUAAAUCUUAUGACACUCUUGGCAUUCUAGAUAUUAUAUAUAGAAUAGAAUUAAGAAUUACAUAGAAUUAAUUAUAUUAUAUAGAAUUAAGUAUAUCUAAAUAUCUUAUUAUGAUGAUGAUUAUUAUUGAUAUUAUCAUUUUUAUAUAAAUCAAACUAUAUUAUACUUCCAUUUAAUAAGUAUAAACAUUCUAUAUUUUGUUAUAUAUAGAUCAUUUAUCAGCACAAGUUUGAUUAAUAUGUAAUGUAGUCGAGCAAGAGAUAUAUAUCUUUCUGUUUUGAUUAACACUUGUGGUUGAUAUAGAUUACAAAAGUUCCUGUAGCUAAUAAAGAUGCGCUAAUAAAACCAGUUGAAGCAAUUACAUAUUAUAUAUCGGAAAAGCUUGUAGUAGAGCUGAGACAUCCAGCCAAAGAUAUAGAGAUGCAAAUUAUUCACAUCACAUGGACUAAAUCCAGGCAGACCCAGGUGGGUCUAUACCAGAUUAUACGUAACUGUACCCGGAUGAGAAUAAAUGAACGAUUCCCUGCCUCCCUAGACAGAGACAGAUUACAGAUUACACAUAUAUGACCCAUUCUGUUUGAGUGUUCAAUGUCACUUUGAAAACUACUCCUAAAAAAAGCGUAAUCUUUAUUCUUCAGGACAAAGAGUUUGUCAUGGCUAUAAUUCAUGUAACUUCCUGUGUAAGUCGGAGAGAAAUGUAUCAUCACGGACACAAACUGGCAAAAUAGGUUGGAUUUGUUGGGACUAGUUGCUAAAAAACUAAUAAUCAAGUUUGUUUGGUGUUAAACUAACUGCAACUUGCUGUUCAAGUGUUAACUGUUAUAGUGAUAGGUGCACUGUUGAUUACCUUUUUUUGCUUUGGCCAAAGAUGCAGGAAUAUUUAUUCUAUUCUAUUGUUUUGUUUUCCUCCAAUAUGUUAAUAAUAGAAAUAUAAUCACUGCGGUGUAGCGCUACCCAUAAUCAGCCUUAGCACAGGUACACUGUAUUGUAUUUAGUUAUAUUACAGAAUUGUUUGAAUGUUUAUUUUCUUAUAUUAAAUUACUUAGUAAAUCUUAAUACUUUAAUGCAAUAGCUUCAGUAUAAUCCUAAAUAAUAAAUAGAUUAAUCUCAUAACACAUUUUACUUGUUUUUGUGUGGCCUUCAUCCCCCUCUAUACAGAAACUGUGUAGUAGCUCCACAUUUACAAUACUGUUGCAUUAUCACUUUGUUCAUGAUCUCAAAAUUACAGAAACAUGCCUCAUAAUACUGCCUUCCUUUGAUUUGCACGAUUGUAUUUUUUUCCCCCAGAUGGUUGUGUACAUAUAUAUUUUUCCACUUCUAAAUCAACAUUAAAACAAAUCAGCAGAGUCUGGUGACUGGGCUGAAACAUCGGGAGUACACACACCAAAAUGUGGAAUAAAAAUUGGUUCUUUGA